UCGGAUCAUCACGAAGAGCGGCUACGGGUACCGAUUCCGUAGUGGGGCAACAAUCAGCCACCUGCUCUACAUGGAUGACAUCAAGCUGUAUGCCAGGAACGAGCGAGAAAUAGACUCGCUGAUCCACACCACCCGGAUCUACAGCGAUGACAUAGGGAUGUCAUUCGGAUUGGACAAGUGUGGCCGGAUGGUCUCAAAGAGAGGCAAGAUGAUCCGGACUGAGGGGAUUGACCUACCAGAGGGCAACAUAGGUGAUAUCCAAGACAGCUACAUGUACCUUGGCAUCCCACAGGCUAAUGGAAACCAUGAAGAGGCCACAAGGAAGUCAACCACAGCCAAAUACCUCCAGAGAGUAAGGCAGGUCCUGAAAAGUCAGCUGAAUGGUAAGAACAAGGUCCGAGCCAUCAACAUGUACGCACUACCAGUCAUCAGAUACCCCGCUGGUAUCAUAAACUGGCCAAAGGAGGAGAUAGAAGCCACAGAUAUCAAGACUAGAAAGCUCCUCACCAUGCAUGGAGGGUUCCACCCCAAGUCCAGCACCCUGAGACUAUACACUAAGCGGAAAGAGGGAGGCCGAGGGCUAGUGAGCAUCAAGACCACGGUCCAGGAUGAAACAUCGAAUAUCCGAGAAUAUCAGAAAGAUGGCCCCAAAGGAUGAACUGCUAAGUGAAUGUCUCAGGCAGCAGAACCCUGAUGAGAGUGCAGAGGAGGAGGAGGAACAGACAACCUGGAGAGACAAACCCCUACAUGGCAUGUACCACCGUCAGAUAGAGGAAGUGGCUGAUAUCAAGAAAUCCUACCAGUGGCUGGAUAAUGCAGGACUGACAGACAGCACAGAGGCACUAAUCAUGGCAGCACAAGAACAGGUCAUAAGCACAAGAGCCAUAGAGGCCAGGAUCUACCAGAGUAGAUCAGACCCAAGAUGCAGACUGUGCAAAGAAGCCCCUGAAACAGUCCAGCACAUAGUAGCAGGGUGUAAGAUGCUAGCUGGAUCAGCGUACAUGGAGAGGCACAACCAAGUGGCUGGGAUAGUAUACAGGAACAUCUGCAACCAGUAUGGAAUAGAAGUACCCAAGUCCCAAUGGGCCAUACCACAGAAGGUGGCUGAGAACAACAGGGCCAAGGUUCUGUGGGACUUCAGCUUCCAGACUGACAAACAGAUCCUGGCUAACCAACCGGACAUAGUGGUGGUGGACAAAGAGCAGAAGAGGGUGGUGGUGAUAGAUGUGGCGAUCCCAGCUGACGCCAACAUCAGGAAGAAGGAACAUGAGAAACUUGAGAAGUAUCAAGGGUUGAAAGAGCAGCUGGAACAGAUGUGGAAGGUCAAGGGUUGCGUGGUCCCCGUGGUAGUGGGGGCACUUGGGGCAGUAACCCCCAAACUGGGAGAGUGGCUCCAGCAAAUCCCAGGAACGACAUCUGAAGCCUCAGUCCAGAAGAGCGCAGUCCUAGGAACAUCGAAGAUACUGCGCAGAACCCUCAAACUCCCAGGCCUCUGGUAGAGGACCCGAGCUUGAGGAUGACAUGGAUACCAUCCCCCCCCACCGAGGAGCAUAAGUCUUGUCACAGCCACUGCAAAGUCGGGCUGGAGCCGCCGAUGGGAAAACGAAACCUAAGCCGAGCACCGUGGCUCUUCGUCCUGAGGCGCAGAGCUAGCGCGCCCUGCCCGCGCUGGUUCUUUGGGGGGAGGGCAGAGGACUCUGGCUGUGCGUGGUGUGGCAUUACAGUCUAGCCGCUAUCGUUUUUCUAAGCAAAGUCUCUGUUCCAAGUUCCUGGCAGUUUCAAAAGCUUAUGAAAAACCUACAUCAUGUCACAGAGCGUUAAUCUCGCGAUAAAAAAAAUUAUCGCCGUUAAAAUUGAGUCAAGUUAACGCGAUAAUAACGCGACAUUUUUUGACAGCACUAAUAUUAUAUAUAUAUAUAAAUAUAAAUAAAAAACACACUUUUUUUUUUUUUUAAAUACACAUGCCCCAAGUGUUUUACUGGGAAAUACGCCACUUGUAUUUUUCAUACGAACCACAACCAUGACUUUUUUUUUCAACAUCUUCAUCCAAAUCGAUGAAUCGUUUUGAUGAGUACUGUGUGUGUCAAAUAUGUCUACAGUUGUGGUCAGAAGUUUACAUACACUCAUCACGGGCAUGAAUGUCAUGGUAAAU